AUGCGAGAGAAACACCUACUCCAACCUCUCCUAAUAUUCAUUCUCUCUACUGAAGUAUCCACUCAACUAUCUUGUCAUCGAAUACCAACUUCCUUCUGUUGUACGACAAGAAUCAGAGAUCAAUGCCCGGAACAGUGUGCAACUGUUCAGUGUGGAACAGAGUUUAUACAUAAUUUAUUCUCAACGGACGGCUCUCGUAAACCAGCCUCUGUCCGUGGUGCUCAUGAUGGAAAUGCGAAUAUUGGAGGCACUGGAAGUGGAGAUUCACAGAGAGGAUUCGGAGGUGUUGACCCCGAUUCAACUAUAACAUCAUUCGAGAAACCGGACCAACCUGCUCCACCGACAAGAGUGGAUGCCACGUGGACACCUAAUUCAAAUUCAAAUUUGAACCUGAAUCCAGGCUCAAAUUCUGGAGAUGCAAGAGUUGGAGGAGCCUCUAGAUCCUCCUUUGAAACAACAACUCUCACUCCAGAAGUCUCUUCUACAACACUACCAACCACGUCAUCUGGAUUCCCCACUCUGAUUCCAUUCUCAUCGGAAUCCUGGUCUACAGUAACCCAAGCUCCACUUGCUCCAAGUAUUGAAUCUAGACCAGAACUACCUCCAACACCAAGUAGAAUUCCAUCUCCAACGGGACAGAACUCUGGGUUCACUGGAAGUUUUGGAGAACAACUUCCCGUGAGAAUCCCUUCCCCAACUCCUGCCCCAUUUAAUCAAAGUCCAAGAAGAGAUGGUCAUCGUCGUCGGACAACACCCGAUCCGAGAAUUAUCAGACCACCAGAGUCUCUCGUAGUCAUUGGAGAUUACGAUGAAGAUGAACCUCCAUCGGAGAAUGCAGUCGUUGACUCACCUCAGCCACUCGCCCCAUCACAACCAUCAUUCUUCUCUCAAACUCCUCCACCAACACCUCCUCCUGCUCCGUCAGUGAUCAGUAACAGUGGAGAUGUAUUCGCAAGAUCUCGGAAAGAAAUCAGUGCGACUCCAGAUUUCGAACAACAAUCUGGAACAGCUGCCACGUUGAGUGGCUCAUCUCAUGAAUGGAAAGUGUCUAUAAUUCCACGUGGACAGAACAACAAGCCGACAGGUGUCAAUUCAAUCCCUCCGUUCACUAUUGAUGGGAAGGCGGAUGAGAGAUUCAACAAGUUUUAUAGAACCAUCGACAGUGUAAUCAAUAAAUUGGAUUUGACAAAUAGUGGAGACCAGAAUACAAGAGAAAAGGAGCCACAGAUUAGAUUGGAGGGAAACACGAAAGACCUCUCCGUCGAAUCGUCCGCAGUCGUCAUCGUUCCCCGUACAACCGUCGCUCCAGGUGUCACAAAUAAAGUCAGUGUGAUACCAUUCCGUCCCUUACAUUUCACAGCUCCGCCCAAGAAUGGACCCCCAGGAGUGUCUCCUCCUCCGGCACCCGGAGGACAGUGUGGCGUUUCACCUGACUUCACACCGUGUGUUAGCAAUGAAAUCGCCAGUAAAUCUCUGUUAGAGUGUUGUAAAAGGAAGAAUCUACCAGCAGGAUGUCAACAGUUGUGUCGAUAUGAUAUCACGCAGGCGGAGAUCCGCGCAGCCAUGGAUCGUGGUCAAUGUGGAAUAUUCAAUGUUGCCCCAUUCUUGGAAUGUGCUUCCCAGGGAAAAGACAACUCCGAGUGUUGUCGACAUCGUGGAAUCGUUCAGAAGACUGGCCCCCAAUGUGAACAAUUCUGUCGCCCCACUCAAGGAUUAUCAGCUCUCGGAGUUCAACAUAUCGUAUGUGGAAAUGCAGUUGGUGACAUGCUCCAUUGCCAUCAUUCUGGUGUUCGCAUUUAA